AUGGCCGAAGCAGAUGAGAAAGCGGCUUCCAAAGCAGGCAGCAACGAUUUGGUGAUUCGCGAUGGUUUUCCAGCCCUUCUCCUCGACAACAAGGACAAGAAACAGCAAUGGUGGAUCGAAGAGACCGACGAGACUAUGAAACUCCCACGAGGACCGUUCUGGGCUCAUGACAGUGCCUUGCAAGUGGAUCCUUCGUGCUUGCCAACCCUGAUCAAGGAUUGUCACAAGGUCUUUACGGCACGAACACGCGAGGACGAUGCUUCCUACAGUGCUGGUACCACCUACUUUUUACCCGCCCAAAUGAAACCAAGAUGUGCUCUGGAGGAAUUGGUCCAAAUGAUCUUUCAACAGCAUGCCAAAUUGCUCCCACCGGAUAUCAAAUACAAGCCCGAUGAAUCUGGAGCCGAGUGGUGGACACUGGUCUUGGGAGGAGCUGAUAAGGAUGAUAAGGACAGCAACAAGAAGGCAAAAGCCAAGACAGACGACAACCAAAAACAGGAUAAUGAUGACGAGGAGGAGGAGGAAGAAGACGAUGAUGUGGGAUGGCACUACGAUGCUGAUUAUGGGUUGGAAGAUCAAGCACCUGGCCUCUUGUUGCAUCCACGCGUUGGUACCGUCACGUACUUGUCCGAUUGCGGGGCACCCACAGUCGUCACCGAUUGCUUGACACCCCAGCAAGGAAAAGUCCAACAUUUGGAUGGCCUUUCCUUCUCCAAAGUAUGGCUAUCCUACCCCAAAAUUGGAAAACACAUGGCGUUUGAUGGACGGUUGCUGCAUGGAGCACCGUCCGAUGUCUUUCCCAGUCUUCAAGCCAUGUCAGCAGCAGCAGGAACAAAAAAAGAGGGUGACGAACCGCCCUCGAAACGACAAAAAGUGGAAACCGACGAUAUGCCACAAGAACGAAUCACUCUGUUAGUCAAUGUCUGGUUGAAUCACUGUCCGUUGGAUGCCGAAUUGUUGGACGAUUCCGUCGUAGAACAAAUGGAAACUCCGUGGAAUCAGGACAGCAACAACCAAUCCAAACCAUUUGCAUGGAAUGACAAGGCGGAUUUGCUCCAGAACGCCAAGCUGAGAUCGGCCAACAUUAGUGCAACAACAACACCCCCCAAAACCAACAAAUCAAAAAAGGAUGAUGAUGAAGAAGAUGAUGAUGAAUUGGAGGAUGAAAUUGUUCUGUGCAAUCACCAAGUCCUGGUCAAGUACGGAGCCCCCAUGGAUGAGUAUCACAAUGUGGCACAAGCACUGAUCAGUGAUGAUAACAACACCAAGGACAGCAGUCAUUGUGCUUCCAGUCUCGAGGUGAAACUGGGUAAGGGGGCCAUCAGCUUGCACGUUGGGGAUCCCGUGGCAUCUGAUGCAGAGGGAGAGGAGGGAUAA